UGCGACGCGACGCGAUGGCGGACGACAAUGCGCCAAGGCGACGACGGAGGGGAUCGCAGGCUGGAGCCGAGCUUCCUGAGCUUCAGGAUGAGCAUCACCGCAAACGGGGAAGGAAGAGAUCGCAUGGAGACGAGCUUCGAAACGAGGAGCCUCACGGGAACAGAGGGAAUGACCAUGACGUACCAAUAUGCCGACGACGAGCAGCGACUCAUGAGCUUGGGCUGCAAGAGGACGACGCAAUCCACCCCAUGAGAGGACGAAAUCCAGUCACGUUUCAAAAGCAUCUCACGGCAUCGGAUGUGGAUGUGGACCUGAAUCGGUUGGUGAUACCAAAACACUCUCGACGAUUCUUCAUGGAGGCGGGAGAUGAAGCCAUCCUAGGUCGGGGGGGCAUUCUCUGCAGGAAGCUCAAAGUGCAGCGUGGAGAUCUCCAGUGGAGGUUGGAGACUCGUUUCCUCUUUCCCGGAUCCUUCUACCUCCUUGGCUGGAACAAUGUGAUAGAAAGCUUGUCCCUUCAGGCUAAUCAAACUGUGACGUUCGAGAAGAUCCAGAGGUACCAGUUCACACUCGAUGUAGCAGAUCACUAGGAAGAAAUGAAAGAAACAAAUCAA